GACUAUAUAAACGACAAGCCCCACCCAUACGCACAGAAGAAAAUUCUGGCGCACAAACUCUCUGCGGUUUCGCCGACCUCACAAUCCCCGCCUCCCUUCGUCUCUGCAAAACCCUAUUUUUCUUCUCAGCUUUCUCGCCUCUUUCCUCCUUUUCAGCUUUUGCCUUUUUUCCUCCACUCACUGACUCGCGUCGUCUUCUUCGUCAAUUAAAGGUUUGAUGGACUCGAACAAUUUGGAUGGUGGAGUGGAUGCUAAAGGGAUGGAUGAUCUGAAGGAGCCUCUGUUGAAGCCUUUGGAUAUUAAUAACAAAGAUAAAAGGAUUAGAACAGUUAAGUUCAAAAUAGGGGAUAUCGAGUGUGCAUCUUGUGCAACUACCAUUGAAUCUGUGCUCGGAAAGCUUGAUGGGGUCAAGAAUGCAACAGUGUCGCCCAUUCAAGGCCAAGCUGCAGUCAAUUAUAUACCAGAGCUCAUUACUGCAAAAAAAAUUAAGGAAGCCAUAGAAGAUGCAGGUUUCCCAGUUGAUGAGUUUCCAGAACAAGACGUAGCAGUCACCCGGCUUAGGAUAAAAGGAAUGGCAUGCACCAGCUGCUCGGAGUCUGUUGAAUCUGCCCUUCGAAUGAUUGCUGGAGUGAAAAAUGCAGUUGUUGGUCUAGCCCUUGAAGAAGCAAAGGUUCACUUUGAUCCAAGCCUCACUGACACCAGUUGCAUUAUUCAAGCAAUUGAAGAUGCUGGCUUUGGAGCUGAUCUCAUUAGUUCUGGGAAUGAUGUAAACAAAGUUCAUCUAAAACUUGAAGGAGUUAAUUCUCCGGAGGAUAUGAGUAUUGUCCAAUCCUCCCUUGAAUCAGUUGAAGGUGUAAAUAAUGUUGAAGUGGUUUUCACAGAAAAAAAGGUGGCUAUUGCCUACGAUUCAAACCUCACAGGUCCAAGAUCUCUUAUACACUGUGUCGAAAAAGCCAGCCGUGACCUCAAAUUGUACCAGGCAAGCUUGUAUGUCCCUCCAAGACGAAGAGAAGCUGAGCAGAAACAUGAGAUUCAGAUGUACAGGAACCAGUUUUUCCUGAGCUGCCUAUUUUCAGUUCCUAUAUUCUUUUUCUCAAUGGUUCUUCCUAUGCUUCCUCCAUAUGGUAACUGGUUAGAAUACAAGGUUCACAACACGCUUACUGUAGGGAUGCUUUUAAGAUGGAUUCUUUGCACACCAGUGCAGUUCAUUGUCGGCCGGAGGUUUUAUGUGGGAUCGUAUCAUGCAUUAAGACGUAGAUCAGCUAAUAUGGAUGUUCUUGUUGCACUGGGAACCAACGUUGCUUAUUUUUACUCUGUCUAUAUAGCAAUGAAAGCAUUGGCUUUGGAUAAAUUUGAAGGGCAAGAUUUCUUUGAAACUAGUUCUAUGUUGAUAUCCUUUAUACUCUUGGGGAAGUUCUUAGAAGUUAUAGCUAAAGGGAAGACAUCCGAUGCUUUAGCGAAGCUGACUGACCUUGCUCCUGAUACAGCUUAUCUGUUGUCAUUGGAUGAUGAUGGAAAUGUUAUCUCCGAGAUGGAAAUUAGCACUCAACUUAUUCAAAGAAAUGAUAUACUUAAGAUUGUUCCAGGGGCAAAAGUUCCUGCUGAUGGGAUUGUAGUUAGUGGUCAAAGCUAUGUGAAUGAGAGUAUGAUUACAGGAGAGGCACGGCCUAUUGCUAAAAGACUUGGUGACAAGGUUAUUGGUGGCACCAUCAAUGAGAAUGGUUGCUUACAGGUGAAGGCAACUCACGUUGGUGCAGAGACUGCACUGUCCCAGAUAGUUCAACUUGUUGAAGCAGCGCAGCUUGCCAGAGCACCUGUUCAGAAACUAGCUGACAAGAUUUCGAAGUUUUUUGUUCCAACAGUAGUCAUUGCCGCAUUUUUAACAUGGCUGGGAUGGUUCAUCCCUGGAGAAUUUGGUCUUUACCCAAAACAUUGGAUACCAAAAGGCAUGGAUAAAUUUGAGCUGGCAUUACAGUUUGGUAUCUCGGUGCUAGUGGUUGCUUGCCCUUGUGCUUUGGGAUUAGCAACCCCUACUGCAGUAAUGGUUGCAACAGGGAAGGGUGCUUCACAAGGUGUUCUCAUCAAGGGUGGAAAUUCACUUGAAAAGGCUCAUAAGGUGAAAACAGUUGUUUUUGAUAAAACUGGGACACUGACAGUUGGGAAACCAGAAGUAGUCAGUGCUGUGCUCUUUUCCAAUUACUCAAUGGAGGAGUUCUGUGCUGUGGCGACUGCUGCAGAGGCAAAUAGUGAACACCCAAUAGCAAAAUCCAUUGUGGAGCAUGCUAAGAGGCUGCUCACGAAGUUUGGAUCAACUGAGCAUGUGAUGGAGGCUAAGGACUUUGAGGUACACACAGGAGCUGGGGUUCGGGGAAGAGUUGGUGACAAAAUGGUUUUGGUUGGGAACAAGAGGCUCAUGCGGGAUUGUAAUGUCCAGGUUCGUCCUGAGGUUGAGGAAUAUGUUUCGGAAAAUGAAAAACUGGCUCGAACUUGUGUGUUGGUUGCCAUUGAUGGAAAGGUUGCUGGAUCUUUUGCUGUAACUGAUCCAGUGAAGCCAGAGGCUGCGCGAGUCAUCUCUUAUCUUCACUCAAUGAGCAUUUCAAGCAUCAUGGUUACUGGUGAUAACUGGGCUACAGCAGCAGCUAUUGCAAAGGAGGUUGGCAUUGACAAGGUGUUUGCUGAGACAGAUCCACUGGGAAAAGCUGAUAGAAUCAAAGAGUUACAGUUGAAAGGACUGACAGUGGCAAUGGUGGGAGAUGGAAUCAAUGACUCUCCAGCUUUGGUUGCAGCAGAUGUUGGGAUGGCAAUUGGUGCUGGUACCGACGUAGCUAUCGAAGCAGCAGAUAUAGUUCUGAUGAAGAGCAAUUUGGAAGAUGUAGUUACAGCCAUACAUCUCUCUAGAAAGACCAUGUCUCGUAUUCGUUUGAAUUAUGUCUGGGCCUUGGGCUACAAUAUCCUUGGCAUGCCAAUUGCUGCUGGAGUCUUGUUCCCUUUUACUGGAAUUCGAUUACCACCAUGGCUUGCAGGUGCCUGUAUGGCUGCUUCAUCUCUAAGUGUGGUAUGUUCUUCUCUCCUGUUGCAGUCUUAUAAGAAGCCUUUGCAUAUCUCUGCCAAGUCUGCAUGACAAUCGACAUUUGACUAGAUUUCAACCUCUGGUUGUUGCUUCCCUUCUUCAUUAUUGCAGCAACGAAUAUUUACAUGGAAAUAGUUUACGUGCAAUCGUGAUUGAAUAAUAUUUUAGAAGCCCUGUUUCUUCGACCAAGAUUUUGCA